AUGUACCGCUCCACCACUCUGGGCAUUGCCCUAGAGCAGGUUCUGGACGAGUUUGUCAGAGAUGGCCACAUCCCACCACAGUUACAACAACGUGUUAUGGCAACCUUCGACAAGUGUAUAAACCACGCAUUGAGCAAUAGACUGAAGAAUAAGACGACUUUCAAGGUAUGUCGCCGAUUUUUGGUACCAUUUUUUUGAAUUUUAGGCCGAAAAACUACGAGCAUACCGCUUCUGUGAUAAUGUCUGGACUUUCUUGAUGAAUAGUGUGGAAUUCCGCGACUCCUUCCGCGCCAUUGAAGGCCCCGUUGAUCGGGUGAAGGUCGUAGCAUGUGAUGCCGCUGUCCAGAAGAGAGCAGCAUAAAUAAUUUGUAUUUAGAAUAUCAUUCCAUAUGUUAUAACGUGUAUAAAGUCGUUAAUAAUACAAUAAUUUGGAUGUUUUCGAUGAUUUUAUUGGUCGGCCACCGAGAAUAUCUGAUUCUUAUUGGAAUUUUUAUGGAUCUGUUAUUGAUAUUUGUUGACUUGUAUUAGUUUAGAUCUAUCGCGGACCAUGUUUUUUAUAACUUUAGUGUUGCAGACCCAUAUGAAGAGAAAAUGAGUAGUGUCCGUCGUCUCUGCACCAUUUUUCGCCCGCACCUCCACAAAUGCAAUCCCUUUCAUCGACAGAGGUAUAGACAAUAUAGCACCAAGGGGAACAGCGUUGUCACCCAACCAACGCCACCACCUUUCAACCACAAAAAAUGGGCCCUCGUCUUUUCAUUCGCCGCAGUUUCCACUCUAAAUGAGGAUGAGAAGAAGAAGAAACAAGAAGUCUCAUGUUGCAGUGGGCACAAGGAUGAUAGGAAAGAAAAUAUUGCCCCAACAACGAUAGAAAUCGACCCAAACGAAAUAAGAGAAAACGCUGACCCGGCUUUUACUUCAUUCGAACAUGAAGUCGAGGACUUUGGGCAAUUAAAGUGGGAAAAACUUUACAAUGACCAUCGAUGCACCGUCCAUAGGAGAUGGCUCCCCGAUCUAGACACCUAUGAAUACCGAUGUUGCGGGACUUACGACGACAUCAGCGCUCAAGACUUUGUAGACGCCCAAAUGGAUGAUAAUUACAGGAAAAAGUGGGAUCCUCAUGUCAUUGAACUUGAAGUAAGUCUGAAUUUGAUUUUUGUUCGAAGUUUAGGACCUGUCAACUUGUCUGAUAUUAAAGCGGAUUAAAUUUCCCGAAAGAAGUAUUAGAAUUACAUUGUUUUAGGUGAUCGAGUCAGUUGAUGAAACAAUCGAUAUUGUCCGCUGGCUCCAUCGAUUCCCAAGACCCCUAAAUCCGAGAGUAUACAUCUAUCGGCGUGAGAAACGAUGGAGCAAGAGUGGAAUCUACACAAUUGAGAGUAAGGUCCUCACAGAAGAAGAACAUCCCACAUCAGAAGCAGACAAAUACUCAGUGCGGGUUGAAACUUACUCCUCGACUCUCAGAGUCCGUCCUCACAAAGAAUAUGAAAACCAAGGGUAAGGAAGUGGUUUAUACUUCAAGUCUUACGCUUUUAGAUUUGACUAUGUCCUCAUUUAUUACGAUCAUCCAAAAGCUGUCAUUCCCGGCCCCGCCUACAACUGGAUGGUUAGCAAAGGCGGUCCCUACUUCCUGAACUACGUCCAUGACGCCGCCAAGAAACUUCGUGAAGAACGCAGCAGCGUUUAG